AUGUCAGAAACAUUCGAUAUUUGUGUGUAAGCAGUGAAACAGUGAAAUAAAGAAAAUAAGAAAAUGUCUGGUCGCGGUAAAGGUGGAAAAGUGAAGGGAAAGGCAAAGUCGCGUUCUAACCGCGCUGGUCUUCAGUUUCCCGUUGGUCGUAUUCACCGCCUCCUUCGUAAGGGCAACUAUGCUGAACGUGUUGGUGCCGGUGCUCCUGUCUACUUGGCUGCCGUUAUGGAAUAUUUGGCCGCUGAAGUUUUGGAGUUGGCUGGCAAUGCUGCACGCGACAACAAGAAAACUAGAAUUAUCCCCCGCCAUUUGCAAUUGGCCAUCCGCAACGAUGAGGAGUUGAAUAAACUGCUUUCGGGCGUCACCAUUGCCCAGGGCGGUGUUUUACCCAACAUCCAAGCAGUUCUGUUGCCCAAGAAGACUGAAAAGAAGGCAUAAUUUGCUAGUUUACUAAACUAAAAAAACAGCAUAUACAUUUGUAGUCGAAACCAAACGUCCUUUUCA